AUGUCGCUCUGGUCGCUAUCAGCCGAGGCGGGGCCUUCGCGCCCAACUCAGGCUCCGCUUUCGCCCACAAAGAUGCCCGUGGCCAACAAGCACGAGUCACACGUGCCGACGUUUCUGGUCCGAUCCGCAACCGAACACGAUCUGUACCAUGCCGAGCGCAAGUCGCUCCAUACUUUCGCCUACGGAGGGCUCGCGCAGUCGGCACCGUCAGACGCGUCCAAUGGCAUCUCUCCGCCGCCGUUUUAUCGCGCCACCUUUUCGAACCCGUCGUCUUCGUCCGUGUCCUCGGGCGGUCAUCCCAUAUCGCCGUCGCAUCGAACGUCGUUUAGCUCGGUGUCCGUGUCGGAGUUCGGCGGGUCUGCGAUCAGUGAUCGGCUCAGCUGGGGACGCAGCUUCAAGAGGCAGAGCAAACGCGCGUCGCACGACGCCAAGUUCGGUUCCAGCAGCCGACUACGAUCCCACACCGAGGGCUCACAGUUCAGCCUGCCCAACAGCGGCGACAUCUUUCUAUAUUCCAGCCACAAUAUCGAAGCGUCGGCCUCGGACAAGACGAUCCAGCCGCGGUACUUGCACCAGCGUCGCAAGUCGGACGGGCCGCAGAGAUCCAGAUUCGACACGGGCGAAAUGAGCUUGCCGAGUCGCAGCCAUCGUCUGCCGCGAUCGCAGUCGUCCAAUGCUCUCUCACAUGCCUUCUGGGAUGCACGCAGCUCAAAGCACCAGUCCAAGACAAGCACUCACGCUCUCAGCCUCGUCAAGGAUCAAGACGAGCACGGCCCCGCUGCUCUCCCCCGCGUCAGCAUUCCGAGCUCGCCUCUGCGCGAGUCCGAGACGUUCGAUGCUGCCGAUCGCUUCGCCAUGAUGGCCUCCAGCUCGUCGUCCAAGGCGCUGCGCAGAAGGUCGGGCGAGGUGGUGGGCGUUGCGGCUCGUUCGGCGGCCCAGGCUACAAGAAAGAGCCUGCGCGUCAUACGCAGAGCAGGUAGCUUCGACGUAGCCUCCAAAACGUCUACGACCAACACGCGUUCACGAUCCAACUCGUCCUCGUCGCUUCUAACGAGUCUGGGGCUCGUGUCCAUGCGACAUCAGCGAUCUCAGACGCUGCACGAGCUAGACACCCCGCGCAACGACACCCCUAAGCUCGCUCUGCCUGCAUCCGCACCUCACUCGCCGAGACUGCAUGGACUUGGGUUGAGUGCGGACUCUAACAGGGCUCAGGCAUGGCGGUUCUCGCAAAUCACAGAAGCGGAUGAGAAUUCCUUCUCCAAGGAGGUGCCUCGUCUGGAACAGCAAACGGAAUCCACGCCCGAGUCGGAAAGCGAGGGUCUGCAGUUGCACCACUCCAAUUCGUCUGGCGGGUCAGUGCCAAAUGCGCAAUCCGCCGCCCCGUCAACCAAGCACAACGAUUCGGGUGAGGCGAAUUCGGUCAUGCGGUCCGAAGCAGGGCGUCGGCACGGGCUGGCAAAACGAUCCUACGCCGCGUUGAUCGAUCUGCUCAAUCCGGCGUUGCACAAGGAGAUCAGGCCCGUCGGUCGUGGACGUCAAGACUCGAUCCACACCGUCGAGCAUACCGUCGCGCACGGCGACGACGGUGGCAGGUCCACUUCGGCAGGCGGCAGCUCGAGCAACGGCGCAGGCAGAGCGCGCGGCGGCAGUGCCAGUCGAUCCAACGGUGCUCACGAAGGUUUCAACGCCUACAGAGGCGGCAAUACGGGCGGUGGUGGCGGCGGAGGAAGCGGGGCGGGCGGUGCAGGAGGGGGCGGCCCGCCGGAUCGCAGAGGCCCCGGACGCGGUGGCGGCAGCAACAGUGCAUCCAAGACUUUGCCGCCCGUCAACUCGGUGUAUCGCCGACUGGAGCUUGUGGGGCGAGGAGCGUACGGUGCAGUCUACCGAGGCGUGCACGUCGAAACCGGUGCAGCGGUUGCGCUCAAAGUGGUCAACCUCGACACGCCCGACGACGACGUAAGCGACAUCCAGCGCGAAGUGACGCUGCUGAGCCAGCUGCGCGAAGCUACGCAGCGCAACGUGGUGCGCUACUGGGGCUGCUGGCUCAAAGGACCCGAACUCUGGAUCGUCAUGGACUUUGCCGAUGGUGGCAGCGUGCGGACGCUCAUGAAGGCGGGGCCGAUUGCGGAGCGCUACUGUGCGGUGAUAGUGCGCGAGACGCUGGUGGCGCUCAACUACCUGCACAAGUGCGGGAUUAUCCAUCGCGACAUCAAGGCGGCCAACAUUUUGCUCACCAGCAUGGGCAAGAUUUUGCUGUGCGAUUUCGGCGUGGCGGCAUCGCUGGCGUCGAGCAGCCAUAGCAAGAGAAGCACGUUUGUGGGCACGCCCUACUGGAUGGCACCCGAAGUGAUCACUGAGGGUAAGACGUACGACCAGAAGGCGGAUGUAUGGAGUCUGGGCAUUACGAUCUACGAGAUGGCGACGGGCAAUCCACCACUUGCGGAUGUGGAGCAGAUGCGGGUCAUCAUGCUCAUCCCCAAGAGCAAGCCGCCUCGUCUACCGGAGGGCGAAUUCUCGCCAGCGAUGCGAGAUUUUGUGGCGGCGUGUUUGAACGAGGAGCCCAAGGAGAGGGCGACGUCCGAGGAGCUGAAUAAGCUCAAGUGGAUCAAGACGCAUGCCAAGACGCCCGUGGGGGUGCUCAAGGAGUUGAUUCAGGCGUACAAUGCGUGGACCAAGGCGGGCGGGAUGCGGAUGAGCCUCAUCGGUGCCGAGACGGCCGAUUGGGGCGAGGCGGGCAAUCGCGACUCGUUUGCCUUUGAUGGACGGGAGACGGGAGAGGGGUGGGAGUUCAAUACGCUCCGCAGCGCGCGCGAGUGGGACGACGACGAGGCCGAUGAAGCGCCGGCUCAGAUCCCGAUUCGUGACCAUCCGCUGCUGCGCCUGUUUGAUGUGGAUGCACCUGAUGCGGCUGCGGGCGGUCAGCGUGGUGGGCAGACGGAACACAACACGUGGCGUCCGGCGAUUGCUACUGCGGCAGUGGCGGGUGGGACGGKGCGUGCUGCACCAGCACCGCCAGCACCGCCUGUGCCCGUGGUGCCGGUGGAAGCGCCAAAGGCUGCGGGGGGUUCGACGAUCAAGCCUGGGGUGGGUGGGGUGGAGAAGGCGAGUUUUACAGGCACGGGUCAUACGCCUUUUCGCUUCGGAGUUGGUGGGGCCGCGUCUGCGGCCGAGGUUCGGCAAGUGCCGAUACGCAAGCGGUCGCAAUCGCUCACCAAGCCGAGCACCAGCACGGACGGGAUCGUCAUUCCCGACUCUACGUCUCUUGACCUCGCCGCAGCUGGCUCGGCGCUGGAAGGUGUUGAGGAGGUAGUUGCGCAUCAUCGGCAAUCGCACGGGGGGAGUGAUCCGAUUUCGGGCGCUGCAUCCCCCGCGCGACUGCAGAGUCUCUACGAACGCGGCGCCAACGCCCAAGCCUACAGUCGCAUUGCCCGUCUCCGUGCCGGCUAUGUCGCCAGCCUCGAACCCGAUCCCGAAACCGAAGUCGGGGUUGAAGUCGAGGUGACGCCGACGGUGAGGGAGGUCAAGGUGGCGUGGGAACGGAGGUUGGAGGGUCCACCGUUGCGGCCGUUGGAUUUUGCAGCCCUGGGCACCAAGGACGAGGUGGCGGCGUGUCUGGGCCGGACCGUCGAUGAGCUGGGCAAGUGGCUCGAUGUCAUGAGUCUGGGUCUGGGCAGAGCGGUGCAUGCCGACCCCGCGAGCUAG